GGUAGGACCACCCAUCAUUUCUGACAGUCCCUGAAUCUAAGACCAAGAUAUUUCUGAACAGUUCUGUUCAGCUUCUUAAGGAGAGGAACUUGGAGACUUUGUAACAAGGAAAGCAUGGGGUCGAUAGCAAAGCAGUACUUGAUUCAGCUUCAGCGACAUCCAUUGAGAACUAAGGCACUCACAGCUGGGUUUUUGUCAGCGAUCAGUGAUAUAGCGUCUCAGAAGCUCACAGGGAUUCAGAAACUUCAAUUAAGAAGGCUUGUUCUCAAAGUGCUUUUUGGAGUUGCUUAUCUUGGACCAUUUGGGCAUUUCCUGCAUUUAUUACUGGACAAAAUUUUCAAGGGGAAGAAAGAUAACAAAACUGUAGCCAAGAAGGUACUAGUGGAACAAUUGACAUCUUCUCCUUGGAAUAACUUGAUUUUCAUGCUUUACUUUGGGCUAGUUGUGGAGGGAAGACCAUGGAUGCAUGUGAAAAGUAAAAUUAAGAAGGACUUUCCGGCAGUGCAGUACACAGCAUGGACGUUUUGGCCUGUUCUGGGGUGGAUAAAUCACCAGUAUGUACCACUCCAAUUUCGUGUCAUCUUCCAGAGCUUGGUUGGGUUUUGCUGGGGAAUAUUCCUAAAUUUACAAGCAAGAUCUGUGGCAUUACCAAAGGCCAAGUGAAAAGAAUAACUUUUUAGUCAGCCUCAAGGUUGUUCGUGCUCCCCAUGAUUUACAUGUAGUUUUAGCUCACGAUGGUCUCUCUUCAGCAAUCAUGAACUCUAUGAAUAAGUGAUGGAUCCCAUUUUCUUGUAUGCAGCAGUUUGCUAAAAAUGUGUGAUCCUGCCUCCUAUCCAUUCAUAAUUUCAACUAUAUUAUUGCACAUCUAUCUGUGAUUAUGUAAUUUUUUUAACUAGACAACUUUGCUUUGAAUUUGACUGAAUGCAAUCAAAGAGAUACUGCAAAAGCUGCAUAUUGCUUA